CCAAGUUAAGAGUCAUGCGGCUCGCCCAGCUAUUGAUGAUCGCGGCCAUCAUCGCGCCGGCCAUCGCCCAGGAUGGAGGAUUUGAACUGCCGGUCCAGCUCAUCGGAUUCCCAGUCAUCAUCAUCGCCGUGAGGAUGGCCAACUUCAUCAAAAAACUCACGUACGCCCUUAACCCGAGAACGUACAGGUCUAGGUCGAGGAGGGGUGCUGGCUCUCAGCUCGACCCGGCAGAAGUCGAGAAGCGUAUAGUCGCCGAAAUGGGUCAAGGUUUCUGCAUAUUCGAAAGUGUCUGCACGGAUUACGCGACCAGGUCGCCCUCAUCGCCGCAGAUGGACUGGGAAGACGUCUUCAGGAAAUUUAAAACAGCACCGUACGGCAGAGGCGAAUAUUAUCUGCUCAGCGUAUUCCUCGGUGACAUCGUCGGAUCGCCAAUGCUCUGCCGUCAAUUGGCCAAAAGAGGAAGAAGUUGCAACGCGCAACUUUACCUGCCAAGCAGCGACUACGUACAUCAGGACGUUCCCCUGUCACUGCCAGCGAGCUAAUUACAAAUUUCCACAUGAAGCCUCAAUCGAAAAGAGACUAAUAUCCAAAGCUUGCGGUUAAAGAUGGCCGUGUUUUUACAUAGAAUAACUUUGUAAAACCAAAAAUAUCACGGUCUAUCUAGUCUAUUAUAAAUAUGU